UCCGCACCUCAGUGACUCAGUCUGCGUGUGGUGUUGAGUGUCUGUGGGCGUGUAGCGGCCUGACUCCUUGACUUGAUAGCGUACUGAAAGGAGAAAAAAUCAUUAGGAUAUACGUGGAUUAAACAGUGUAUUGAUUCUGUGUUGGAAGCGGUGAUCUAUUGUGACCUGCGCUGACCUGCACGAUGACCCGGCGGUGGACCCUGAUGCUGGCGGCCUUGGCGACGCUGUGUGGCGGCGCGCUGUCAGCAGAAGGAGAUGGCACGCAGCACCUCACUCGUUGCAUCAGGAUGGCCGAACCGUUGGUCAAGAGUCCAGAUUACAUUUUCCCGCUCACCACCAGGGACAUCGAAGCAGUGUGCAAGCUUUGGGAGAACUUCGUGUACUGCGUCAAGGAGUACGCCAUGACCCACCUGACGACGUCGCAGCAGCGGGAGUUCUACCAGGUGAUCGACAGCUCCAUCAAGUCUGCUAACGAGCUGUGCAUGAAUGAUCCCGAGUAUAUGAGAGCGUACCUGGGCAACGCGCCUUGCUUGAGAAGGGUAUCCACUAACAGUUCUCUCUGCGGGGGUCAGUACCGAUAUAUGGCGGAAGUGGUGCAAGGUCUAACGGCCACCGAUGCGCAAGUCUGCUGCGCCCACCUCAAGUUUCGGGAGUGCGUGUUGCAGAGAACGCCGCGAGAGUGUGACGGUACGGGAGGAGCUCCUGAGAACGGUCCGCCUUCACACUUCAUGCGUGCCUUACUAGACCGUGCCCUUGGUUACCUCCUGCAGAAAUGUCAGAACUUUGUCCCUAACUCGAGAGACUGCCCACCAGGAAACUUUGAAUCACUUUCCACCACCACCACCACCACUGUUGCUCCGGACAAGGCCACGGACACGGGACUGGACGGCGGUGGUGCUUUUGGCGGUGCGGGUACGAAUGUGGACAGCGGUGCGGGCAGUAAUGGUAAUUCCCACAACCAUCUCGGACCCGUGACACCGAGCAGCGUUCCCUCUCCAACCCACAGCAGCCCACACACACCACGCUUCACCUGGACCACGCCAAGCACCGCUCAAGUCACCUCUGAUCCGUCGCUGAGUCUCGCGGGCAACAGUCUCUUCGGGGCGGAAAGUCAGCAGUAUCGUGGCUCUGGGAAAGUUGUAGUGCCGUCCGUGACUCUUCUCUCUCUCUUUAUCUUCGUCCUAGCUUCCGUCUAAAUCGUGGUUGCGGCGCCUCGGGUUCUCUCUGUUCGUCUGUCCGUCCGUCCGU